CCGGUGGAGGCUGCGCCUGCCCAGACUCUCUGCCCGCGCCGCCGUCUCUGGCUCCUUCUGCGCGGCGUACCGGCACCCGCUUUUCUCUUCUACGCCGCCGGCCCUGCCGACCUGGAGGCAGUGUCCCGGGACGUGUGCCGGGCGGCGGAGCAUAUCGUUGACACCGGUCUGGCCUACAACGUCUUCAUUACGCGGGGCGAGCCGCCAGAGGGGGCCGGGACCGGAGCCGGUCGGGGGCUGCGAGUGCUGCUAUGGGCCCGCAAGCCCAGCUUCGGUAGCAAGGCGAGCGAGGACUUCAACGUGGCGCUGUGCGAGUUGGCAGGGCACUUGCCGUUGCCGUCGGCCCCGCUCUACCGGGACAUCACCGAGGAGGAGGCGCUGCGCACCAUCCACGAGCACCUCCUCCCGGAACCGGAGCUGCUGCGCCUCGGCGAGGACCUGGUGCGGCUGCUGGCGAGCUGACCGGAGGCGAGGACCGGGCUUGCCCCGCACGUGGGCACCGCACAGAUGCCUCCGCAUCGGUGCCAGCUCCUCACUGUGCAGCUCUCUGUGCUCUCUCCACUCCAGCGUGGCCUCCAUCAACCUGACCAGCUGCAAGUAUGAGAGUGUGCGGCGGGCAGCGCGGCGCUGCGGGCUGCAGGAAGCAGCAGAGGAUGAGGAGUGGACAGUGUACUGGACAGACUCCUCUGUGUCCCUGGAGCGUGUCAUGGAGAUGAAGAGGUUUCAGAGAAUCAACCACUUCCCAGGGAUGAUCGAGCUGUGCCGCAAGGACUUGCUGGCACGCAACCUCAACCGCAUGCUCCGCCUCUUCCCCAAGGACUACAACAUCUUCCCCCGCACCUGGUGCCUGCCAGCCGACUAUGGAGACUUCCAGGCCUACAGACGCACGACAAAGAGGAGAACAUUCAUCUGCAAGCCAGAGAGCAGCUGCCAGGGCAGAGGCAUCUUCAUAACACACAAUCCAGAGGAGAUCAGGCACGGAGAGCAUAUGAUCUGCCAGCAGUACAUCUCCAAGCCUUUCCUCAUCGAUGGCUUCAAGUUUGACAUGCGUAUCUACGUGCUGCUCACCUCCUGUGACCCCCUGAGGGUUUUUGUCUACAAGGAGGGUCUGGCCCGCUUUGCCACCAUGAGGUACAUCGAUCCCAGCAGCAGAAACCUGGAUGAUAUCUGCAUGCACCUGACCAACUAUGCCAUCAACAAAAACAACCAGAACUUCAUCCAGGAUGACAGGACAGGCAGUAAAAGGAAGCUGUCCACCCUGAAUGCCUGGAUGACAGCUAACAGCUACAACACCACAAAGCUCUGGGAAGACAUUGAAGAUAUUAUUAUAAAAACUCUUAUUUCAGCUCACCCUGUGUUGAAGCAUAAUUACCAGAGCUGCUUCCCCAGCCACACCACCAUCUCUGCCUGCUUUGAGAUACUGGGAUUUGAUAUCCUGCUGGACAGAAAGAUGAAGCCUUGGCUGCUGGAGGUGAACCACUCUCCCAGCUUCAGCACAGACACUGCCAUUGACUGUGAGGUGAAGGAUGCCCUCCUGUGUGACACCCUCACCCUGAUAAACCUGCAUGCCUGCAACAAAAGGAAGGUGCUGGAGGAGGACAAGCAGCGAGUGAAGGAACGGCUCCUCCAGGGUCCCCAAACCCUCCGUGCACCCAGGCAUGAGGAGCUGGAGGCCAAGCAGGCUGCCUGGCUGGAGCAGGUGGAGCGGUACGAGGAGUCGCACUGCGGUGGCUACCGCCGCAUCUACCCAGCGCAGGGCACGGAGAGGUAUGAGCCCUUCUUCAGGCAGAGCAGCUCCCUCUUCCAGGAAACAGUGGCCUCCAGAGCUCGGGAGCAGUGUGCCAGGCAGCAACUGGAGGAAAUUCGCCUGAAAAAAGAAAAGCUGGAAGCUGUUACCAGGAAGAAGAAAAAGGAGAGGAAAGAUGACCUGCAUGGAGAGUCAGCCUGGGACAAAUCCCAGCUCCAAAACAAACCCACAGUGCCCACCACCCACCUCACCCACAGACGCACCAGGGUGUGGGACAGGAAGGCCCAGCACAUGCAGUACGACUCCACACAGCCCCAGGACAUCGUGGAGCACGAGGAGAAAAGAAGAGUGAAGGCACUCCUGCAGCGUGAGAACCUCAUCCGAGGGCUGGGCCUCAUCCAUCAGCUCUGCCAGCUGCUCCCCGCUGCUCCCAGACCAGCCCACACCCAGGGAUCCUGCACUGCCAUCUCCAGGAGCCAGCUGCAGUUCCCCACGGGUGUGCUCCGGGCCCAGGACCCCCAGCACGUCAUGAGGCUCGUCCCUCUCUCGCUCCUGAGGACUCCAGUCCAGCCAUCAGGGCCGCGGUUCACACAUGACCCCAGAGCCAAGGGCCAGAUGCCACCCAGCCUGGGCAUGGAUCCUGCCACUGUGGGCAGUCUCUGGGUCCAAGGCCAGAGCAUCCCUUCCUGUGAACAGCAGAGGGUGUGGAGCACAGGCUGGCUGCGGGGCCGGGCAGCACGGCCAGCGGCGGUGACCCAGCGCGAACCGACCCAGCCCAGUGCCGAACCUGCGUGGCUGUGGCAGCUUCCCACUGUCGGGAGCACGGCUGAGGGCUGCGAAGCUGGCACGGUGUCCUCCUACAGAGGCAGCUGUCACCUAGUGUCCCCAGCCAGCCCAGGGAAGACAAGCAGUGUCAUCUUCAGUCCUGCCGCGGUCCGGGAGCUGCCCAUCGCCUCCGCCACCCUCACGCCGCACACACCUGGCUUGUACCGUGCCAGUGCCUCACACCACGCCAGUGCCAAGAGCGCAGGUAAUGUGGCCGAGGGGCACCCUGACCGGAGCCUGGUCCCGGCACAGCCCCGCUGCACCCUCAAGGCAGCAGCCAAGCUCUCCGCUCCCUUCCGCUGCGGGCGUUCUUGGCCUCUCCCCCGCCGGGUCCGCCCCGCCGCCCGCCCCGCCCGGUGCCCAGAGCCCGGCCCCCGGUUCCCAGGCAUGGCGGCGCUGGUGGGGGGCGGGCUGCGGGCGGCAGCGCUCCUCCUUAGAAGGCUUCCGCGCCGGGCGGCGGCGACCAGGGGCACAAGCCCACCGGCCUCGGAGCUGGAAUCGGAGAGGGCCCGGCGGCAGCGAAGGGCGGCGCGAAUGCAGCGGAUGCGGCGGGAGCUGGGCGAGAGGCGCGGAGCCCCCGAGCGCACCCUGACCUGGCAGGCGAUGGAGCAGAUGCGGUUCUUGCGGCAAGAGCUGCCAGAAGAGUGGCCGCUGGAGCGCCUGGCCCAGGGCUUCGGCGUCAGCCUCGAUGUGGUGCGAAGGGUGCUGCGGAGCCGCAACUGUCCUCCGCCGCACCGCCAACAGCGGCAGGACCAGAGGGCACUGAACGCCGCACCGGGUCCGCGACUGACACAGGCACCCGGACAGGGCUACGAGGUCCGCGCCCCCGACGGGACGCUGCUGUACCGGCUGCCGCGGGGCCGGGGCGGGCCGGGGCCUGGCGCACAAUAAAAGGGCUGGAGCGGA